AGACUAAGGGAUAUAGGCCUCAACCUAGACCUUAAGAAAUAUAUAUUUAUAGUAAAGGAAGUCAAAUAUCUAGGGUAUAUUAUAGAGAUAGAGGUCUAUAUCUAUCCUAACCCUAAGAAGAUCAAGGCUAUCUACGACUUCCUAGGAUUUACUAAUUUCUAUUGCGACUUUAUCCUCAACUUCUCUAAAAAGGCGGCUCUACUAACACACCUUACCUAUAAGAAUAUCCUAUUCCACUAA